AUGGGGUCUAUUACCUGGGACAAGGAGUCUGGCUGGGGAGGCGAGCCGUACUGGAAGGCCGCCACCUUCUACCAGGUGUACCCUGCCAGCUUCAAGGACUCGAACGGCGACGGCUGGGGGGACCUGCCAGGUCUCAUCUCCAAAAUUGAUUACCUCGAGGAGCUAGGUGUCGAUGUGAUUUGGGUGUCGCCCAUUUUCGACAGCCCGCAAAAGGACAUGGGCUACGACGUAUCCGAUUACCAAAAGAUCUAUAAACCCUACGGCAGCAUCGAGGACGUUGAUACCCUGCUGGCCGAAGCUCACAAACGCGGCAUGAAGGUGAUUCUCGAUCUCGUCGUCAACCACACGUCGCAGGAACACGAAUGGUUCAAAGAGUCACGCUCAUCCAAGGACAACGCCAAGCGAGACUGGUACAUCUGGAAGCCAGCACGGUACGAUUCGGACGGCAACCGCCAUCCCCCAACCAACUGGCGCGGAUACUUUGCCGGCCCAACAUGGACGUGGGACGAGCACACGCAAGAGUACUACCUACACCUGUAUGCGACCGACCAGCCUGACCUCAAUUGGGAGAAUGGAGAGUGCCGGAAGGCAAUCUACGAUAACACGAUGCGAUUCUGGCUGGACCGGGGUGCCGACGGGUUCCGCAUCGACACGGUCAACAAGUACUCGAAGAGGCAGGACUUUGUGGACGCACCCGUCACAGACCCGAAGUCGCCGCACCAGUCGGCGCCCGAGAUGUGGUGCAACGGGCCGCGCAUCCAUGAGUUCAUCCAAGAGAUGAACCGCGAGGUCCUGGCCCCAUACGGCGCUGUGUCGGUGGGCGAGCUGUCCAACACACCCGAGCCGCGCCAGGUGGUGCCCUACGUCUCAGCGGCCGCCAAGGAGCUCGACAUGGUCUUUGAGUUCUCGUUGAUCCGCCUUGGCACGGGCAACAUCCUCGGUCCCAAGUACAUAUACCAGCCCUUCACACUGUCCAAGCUCAAGCACCUCACGGAGAAGUGGCAAAGCUUCAUCGAGGGCACGGAUGCGUGGACCACGGCGUUCAUCGAGAACCACGAUAACGCGCGUUGCGUCAACCGCUUCGGCGACGUCUCCACUCCCGAGUCCUGGGCGGCCUCGGCCAAGACGAUUGCCCUGUGGCAGACGACACUCACUGGCACCCUGUUCAUCUAUCAGGGCCAGGAGAUUGGCAUGACCAACAUGCCCGAGUCAUGGGGCAUGGAGGAGUACAAAGACGUCGAGAGCAGCGGUUUCUACUCCGAGGCUGUCGAGUUGGGCGACGAGGACCGUCUUAGGAAAACGCUUCACGGGCUCAAGCUGCUCGCGCGGGACCACUCACGCAUCCCCUUUCAGUGGGACGGCAGCCCCUACGCGGGCUUCAGCCCGGCCGAUGCACACAAGGAGCCGUGGAUGCGCGUGCACGACGACUAUGCCAGCAUCAACGUUGCCCGCCAGCGCAACGAUCCUUCGUCCAUCCUCAAUUUCUACAAGAUGGCUCUCAGGUUGCGCAGGAAGCACCAGCACCUGUUUGUCUUUGGAACAUUCACCCUCAUCGACCCGGACCACAAGUCCCUGUUCUCCUAUGUCAAGCGCGAUACAAGACGUAAAUCGGGCCAGAUGCUUGUCGUCGUGCUCAACAUGUCCAAGGAGGAGCAGACAGGGCCAGAUGUCAGGGCUGCCAUGGACGGUGACGAGCCCCGUCUACUUACCAGCACUAGAGGACAGCAGGGUAUGGAGGACAUCGGUGACAGACCAGUUCUCGCUCCUUGGGAGGGUAGAGUAUAUACAAACUAUGACAUAUAG